AUGAAAGCAGUGACAUCAGAGGGGUUGUUUCUGGACGUGCGGACCAUUGGUCGGUUCUGCUACGAGGACGACCUCCUGACUCUGUCUGCGGUGUACACUGAGGCCCAGGCUGAGGGCCAGCCAGGCUUCUCCCGCCUCUACAAGGAGAAGACCAUCAACUCCCUGAAGCACAGACUACUAGUCUACCUGUGGAGACGGGCUGAGCAGGACGGCAGCGCCACCGCCAAGCGACGCUUCUUCCAGUUCUUUGACCAGCUGAGACAGCUGAGGAUGUGGAAGAUGCAGCUGCUGGAUGAGCACCACUUCUUCAUUAAAUACACCAGCGAGGACGUGGUCACCCUGCGAGUCACUGAACCCUCCCAGCCCUCAUUCUUUGUAGUGUACAACAUGGUGUCAACAGAGGUGUUGGUGGUCUUUGAGAACACUUCUGACAAACUUCUGGAGCUGUUUGAGAACUUCUGUGACCUGUUCCGGAACGCUACGCUCCACAGCGAAGCUGUUCAGUUCCCCUGCUCAGCCUCCAGCAACAACUUUGCACGGCAGGUCCAGAGAAGGUUCAAAGACACCAUAGUGAAUGCAAAGUACGGCGGUCACACUGAGGCGGUGAGGAGGCUGCUGGGACAGCUGCCCAUCAGUGCUCAGUCCUACAGCAGCAGCCCCUACCUGGAUCUUUCCCUCUUCAGCUACGACGACAAGUGGGUAUCUGUGAUGGAGCGGCCCAAAACAUGUGGAGACCACCCCAUCCGAUUUUAUGCUCGGGACUCUGGUUUGCUGAAGUUCAAGAUCCAGGCAGGCCUGCUGGGCCGGCCCAUUAACCAUGCCGUCCGGCGGCUGGUGGCGUUCACAUUCCACCCCUUUGAGCCGUUCGCCAUCUCAGUACAGAGGACCAACGCUGAGUAUGUGGUGAAUUUCCACAUGCGGCAUGUCUGUGUAUGAGAGGAAGGCAGUGGACUAGACCUGGAGAAC